GACACGCUCAUUGCCAAGCGCAAGUCCCUCAACUUGCUUUCAGCCUGGGAGCUACCGCUGCAAGAUCUCGUGCUAGGGGAUCGAAUUGGCGCUGGCAGUUUUGGUGAUGUGCGCCGGGGCACCUUGAAUGAUCGACCAGUGGCGGUCAAGACGCUCAAGCCUACGGAGCACAAACAGCUGAAGCAGGACUUUUUCAACGAGGCCGACAUCAUGAAAAACCUCAAGCACAAAAAUAUCCUAAGCUUGAUCGGUAUUGUCAUGAACAAGACCCACAACAUUAUUGUCAUGCCAUUGGUACCUGACGGCAAUCUUCAAGACUUGUUGCGGAGUGCACGCUUCACCAACAGGAUAUGGUUAUGCUCAAGGUGGAGAUUGCUCGUGAGGAUCAUCGCAGGUAUUGUUGCCAACGUCUGCUUGGCACUGUGUCAGCUGCGUUGCUGCCAAUUGCUUCCAAGUCUCAUGGUACAACUUCAUGACUGGAGUAGCCGACCUCGAGCAUCUACCGACGGCAGCUUGUCCAAGAACGUGAGCCGAACAUCAUCCACCAAUAGCAUUCAGGCGCCCUUUACACAUUUCAUGUCAACGCUAGGCAUGCGCUCGAGUGCUGCUUCGCUCGACCUCGAUCAAGCCGCAGCUUUGUUUGUGUUCCACGAAGACCUUGACCAAUGCCCUUGGUACCACGGCAUCCGGCCCAUCAAGAAUAUCAAAGAGGGCGUUCACAUGCUGUCAAUUGUACGCCGUGUGCUCAUCGCAUGCGUCUGGUACCUACAACAGGUCCCGGUGCACAUCACUUUGACGACGCAACCCGACGGCACCAUACGAUUCAAGGAUCAGCAAUAUGCCGGCUUGCCCCACUUUCUCAAAGCUUGCAUCGAGCAACCCAUCGAACUCAAAGUUGAUGGCCAAAUUAUUACGCUUCGUCGUGGGAUCAAGAUGGAACAGGAUGAUGAUGUACCGUCCAUGUCCAAGGCACACCCCUUGUUGCAUGACGUUGCCGAGGAAGGAGAGGAUGGCGAGGGCUCCGGAGAGGCACCUCUUGAGCCACCACCACAAGCGCGCCCGCGUCGCAUGCCGCCGCCACCACCUCCACCACAAGUCCAACAUCAAGCGCACCAUCAGACACCGCCGCCGCCACCACCUGCCAAGCCUUCCUUUAAGCCAACAGGCGGCGAGGCGCGUCGACCAGCGCCGCCGCCGCCGCCACCCAAACCAGCCAAGCCAAGAACACUUUCUGACCACGGGUCUCCAGUCCUUGCCCGCGAGGUACCCGAACCUCCCCACGAUGUGUCCUCUCAGGAAUCGAGUGUGGGCGAAGAGGCUAUGGCCAACGAUUUGAGCGAAGACGAUGAGGGCGAAGAUAUUCAGCCACCAGAGGAUAUGCCUGAAGCUGUCGUUGUCAUGCUUUCGGAGAAGGCUGUGGCCUUGAUGGGCUCAAGCAAGGGACACGAUCCCGUGGCGUCGGAGCUGUUGACAGUGAUGCGCCUGCAUCAGCGUGAACAGCUGGCCAUUAUACCCAUCUUUGUCGGUGCCAAAUUGAGGCUGCCUCAUCCCUCCAAAGCCGACAAGCACUUUGAGGUCUAUGACAGUUAUGACCCUGUGCCCCUCAAGCGGGUGCCGCAAAAACGACUCUCCUCUCCUCUGGGCGUACGUGGCGUGGCAUCUGUGUGUGUGACCUGCUUUGUAAGCUGGCAAUCCAUGCUGUUGCACGGAGGCUUGGUCCUUUCUGAAGCUCACACCAGCGUGAGCCAGGUUUUCCAGUGUUUCGGCGACGUCUGGCAGUUCAAUGCCUCCUCGACGGAGCUGCUACUGGUUUACGGCGGUUUCAUGGGCCCAACUGGCGAUGACAGCGACGGCAAUCAUACCAUGUGGGCCUUCAACGCCGCAGCAGUCACAAAGUAUUUCGACACGAUGGUGAUGGUGGGCGGCCUUGUACGAAAGCCCCUUGAGGACAACAACCUCGGCAUCAGCAACCAAGCUCUAGUUCUAAACCUGACCACGUUCGUUUGUACCAGGAGAGGCAUUGUCAACAGUAUAGCCUUUACCCUCAACAAUGACCCCUACGUGUUUGGUGGCGAGCGUACCAUGACCGGUGCAUCCCUUGCCGAGAUUUAUGCUUGUGAACUUUACCCAGCUUCAGAGGUCACCCUCUACGUGCGGCGCUAUGCAGGAUCCGUUUGGGAGGACAGCGUUGGCCCCAGUGCACGUGCUCACACCAACGCAGUGGCCAUUGACGAUGACCUAAUGCUUUUGCACGGAGGCGUGUAUUCCUUGCGCAACGGAAGCUGGGUUUAUCUUUCUGAUACCUGGCUUUUCAAUCACACCGCUAUGCAGUGGAUCAACAUUUCGCAGGCGGCUGGUGCACCUGCAGUGGCAUCAAGUGUCUGCGACUACGUAGAGAGCGUUGGGUUUGUGGUCGCACAAGGCAAAGCCCUGGCUGGGCCAACCGAAGCCAUUUACUUGCUGCGUUUCACCAAGACGCAGAACCCCUCAGCACCUUUGGCUGACCUGCAUUGGGUUCGGGUUCCUGCCGCGAGCGGAGGAGCCGCCGCACGCUGGGGGCAUUUUGGCGGCAUUCUCAUGGACCCUUAUCAAAAUCUGGCCCCCGUGCUGCUCCUGGCCGGGGGGCGCAACGAUUCGGCCGUGUGUGAAGAUGCCUGGCUCUUGAAUCUCAUACAUUAUAACUGGACCAGGAUCGAGAACACCACAGACGCCCUCUUGCGGCGCGUUCCGCCCGCCACAAUGCACGAUGCAUGUGCAAGCAACUACAAUAACCUGGCACGGCGCGUUUUCUCGGCCCAUACAGUGCUGCCAUAUCGACUGCAAGUUGUCGCCGGGUUUGGGGCGCUCAUGAGUGGCGGAGUCCAAGUGCCAUCGUCCUUGUCGCGAUCCGAGCUGGUCUGCUUCGACGACCGCGUUGUGACCUUUAACAUUCUUUCGCGCUCGUUUCAAUCCGUUUCCGUGGUUGCUGGAAACAUGACUGCCCGGGUGGAGUCGAGCAUGACCAUGAUGAGCGCGAGCAAUGCUACCAUCUUACUGACCGCUGGGGCAGAUGCAACGUCCUACCUCGAGGACAGCAGCAUCAUGAUGCUGGGUUGUCCCCCGGGCCAUUUUGCCGGCAGCUUUGCAUCCGAUACGUGCCAGCCCUGUGCGCGAGGCACCUAUGCCAACUUGCACGGCUCAACAGAGUGCCUGAAGUGCCCAGCAGACGUGACGACUCUGCAUGAAGGUUCUACCAGUGCCGCGGCAUGUAACACCUGCGACGACUCAGUCUGCCACCAUCACGGGCAGUGCAAUGUGAUCAACGGGAAUGCCACGUGCAACUGCCGCUUUGCUUUCCAAUUGUCGGAUCGCUGUGAGCUGCCCUCGACGGCACUGAUUAUGGUGGCGGCCAUCCUGGCUGCCCUGAUUGUGGGUGUGGCCAUCACGGCCAUGCAACGACGCGUGCGCCUCUUCCACGCCCGCUCAGAGCUGGCGUACAGUCGGAUCGAGGACUUACAAAACGAAGUUGGUGACUACAAACGAACAUGGGCCAUUGACCAUGCUCAGCUCCGAAAUUUUCGCCUUCUAGACAAGGGUACCUUUGCAGAGGUCUAUCGGGCGCAAUGGGGUGGAGAGCUGGUGGCUGUCAAGAAGAUGCACACGGCAUUGGUUGAAAUGCGCAUCUGGAACCGCAGCAUUACUUCUGACUUUGAUCGAGAAGUGCGAUUGUUGCAGCGCACGCGGCACCGAAACAUCGUCCUAUUUUAUGGUGCCGGCGAGGACCCAGACCAACGUCCAUUUCUGGUUACGGAAUUCUGCGAACGCGGAUCUUUGCGAUCCUUGUUGGUGGAUGUCAAAGAGGACCUGCCGGUGGACUUGUGUCUGUCACUGGCCACAGAUGCCGCACGGGGGCUGCGCUUUUUGCAUCGUCUCAGACCGCCCCAAAUUCAUCGUGACAUCAAGAGUCCGAAUCUACUCGUGACCUCCAACUAUGUAUGCAAGGUGGCGGACCUGGGCACGGCUCGUCUCAUCGAGGAGAUGGGUAUCGAACGUACCAAGCCCAGCGGGGAGGACGCCAAGGCCACCGAUUCCGUUCACGUUCGCCACCAAUCAAUUCAGAAUGAGGAUACCGAGGUCACCAUGACGACGCAAGUGGGUACCAUUCUUUGGAUGGCACCGGAAGUAUGGGGCGGUAGCUACAAUGCCAGCUGCGACGUCUACUCCUUUGGUUUGUCUUGCCCCAUCGGCCCAGCGCCUGGUUGCAUCUAUCGGAUGCUUGCUGAGCACGGCGUGGUGCUAUGGGAGUUGAUUACGCGGCAGCUUCCCUUUGAGUACGAGGGCUUUCUCAAUCUGCAUCCAACGAAUUUCUUUGCUGAAGUGGUGCGCCCCCAACGUCGACCCACCAUCCCGUCAGAAGUUGGCCUGCGCAGUGCCGGGUUUCCGGCCGAUUAUCACAAACUGAUGAGACGGUGCUGGGAAGAGGAUCCGCGAUUGCGCCCCAACAUGACAGCUGUAACCAACACGUUGCUGCGGUUGGUUGAAUCUGGUCAGCAGGUUGCAUCGGCAAACACCCCUUCGUCUUAUCAACGGCGCGCCAUGAGCCAGCUGCCAGCGGCGGCUCAGACAGUGGGCCAUACCUCUUCUCGGCCCAGCCAUCUCAUUUGA